CGGCGUCGCACUCAGUUUAGACAUUGCGAUCGCGCGUAUUAGAGCGUGCAGCAGCGGCAGCGGCAACAACGUUGUUGUAUUAUCAAUAGAGAGGAUAUAGUAGCGGAUAUAGUAUAGACGACAUCUUAAGAAGAUGGUUUCCGUGACGUUGAUGAAUCACGGCAUAACGCUGACUUGCAUCUUGGGUUUGGCCCUCUCGAUUUACGCCUUCUUCGUGGAAUCCAUGGCCGAGCGAGAUGAUGAUUACAGAGCGAUGUGCGAUCUGUCGGAGCACAUGAGCUGCACCAAAGUCUUCAAAUCAGAUUAUGCUCGAGGAUUCGGUAUUUUCGGACGACUGUUCGGAAAGGAAUCUUUCUUCAAUAAACCCAACAGUUUAACGGGGAUCUUAUCGUACAGUUUGCUGGCGACUUUAGCUCAAUCCAAUUCGCUUCUGAUGACUAAAAUAAGUUACGCGAUGAUCGUACUUUCCAAUCUGAUGUCCGUGUACCUAGCGUACGUCCUCUACUUUAUUCUGUACGAUCUCUGCGUCGUGUGCGUUUCCAUGUACGUGGUGAACUUCUUCAACUGGAUCUUCGUCCAUUACAAGUACAAAGAACUGAGCCAGACGAGCAGCAACACCAGCCCCAAAUUGAAACGCACCUAAAAAAAUAACUUGUAUUUAAUUUUGUUUUUUUUUUAGCCAAAGUUAUUCGAACCAAAGUUAUAUAUCUAUUCGAAGAAUCAUUUUGUUUAUAAUAUUAUCGUGUGAACAGAUUUUGUAACGAAUAUAUUUAUUACUGUUGAAUUUUCUAAAUAAUAAACACGUAACGUAUA